AAAAACAAAAACAAAGUCCCCGCCCCCAGCCACCCGAUUACAAGACACACAAGUUGACUUUUUUGAGGUUGUGCUGUAAAAUUUUCACUCUUUGUCAUCUUCGAGGGACAAAACACAACACAACAAAAAACAGUUUGAAUGUGAGUUUCAGGUGGCAAAGUGUCGAAAACUUCAAACAAACGAGAGAGAUUUUGUUAACGUUUUGGUGUUUGGUUAGCGGGAAAAUCUGGUGAGGGAAGCAAGGAAAGUGAAGGAACAGUGAUAUGGAACUGGAUUGUAGGUUGUGAUUUGUGAAUCGAAUCGAGAGGAACAAGAAGAUACUCUUGUUUAGCUGAUAGCAAGAAUUAGCUUGCACUCCCUGAAUUCUGAAUUCUUGAAGAUAUCACUCAUAGUAGCUGUGAAGAACUUCCUCAUCUUUCCCAAUCCAUGUGAACCAUGAAAUUUGUUUCAGAUAAUGAACAAGUAUUUGCCCAUUCAACUCUAGACCGCAAGUCUGAUUCCAAACCUUUUGAUUAUCAAGACAAUGCUUUGGAGUCCACUAGGCUGAAGUCAGGAAAUAGUAUUGUAAAGGAAUAUCAGAACGGAGUCUUGUGUGCUUCAAAACCCAGUGAGGGGGACGCAGAUAAAUUAUCAUAUAUGAAAAAUGAUGCAGAUGGUUGGACUGCGACAAAACUUGAUCGUUCUGUGAAUUUGAAUGAUAUAGCAAAUGACAAUGAAAAGGAUUUCAGAGAUCUGGCAGCACAACAUUCUCAUUCUUGCCAAGAAACAGAAUCAUUUGAGGACUCAGUUUUUUAUAUGGACAAAAGUGUUAUGGAAUGUGAACUACCUGAGUUGAUAGUUUGUUACAAAGAGAGUACAUACCAUGUCAAGGAUAUUUGCAUUGAUGAGGGGGUACCUUCCCAGGACAGGAUCCUGUUUGAGAGUGAUACAGAAGAGAAGGGUGUCUGUUCCUUCCUUCCACCUGAGAAGAAUAGAAAUGAUGAACUGAUGGAAGAAAAAAUCAAUACUGUUAUGCCUCUCGUAGAUGUGUUGAAAUCUUCGGCAGAAAAUGAUUCUAAUACGGAUACUGUCAAUCAAUAUGAUUUUCCACCCACACAUGAUUCUGACAAAGAUACAGUUGGUCUAUGUGAUUCUAAGGAUUUAGUGUUGACGGAUGAAGUGAAAGAUGAUGAAACAGACAAAACUGCAGAUGAUGUCUCAAAAAAGUUCUCACUUGGAGAUUUGCUGUCGAUGCAAGGUUUGACAACAGAGAACUCAUACUCCAAGUCUUCCAGUAAUGAUGAAACAGAGACUCAGCAGGGCUGUGAUGGAAAAAAAGUCUUGGCAAGUGAUGCUUUUGUUUCUCUAGCCGAAGAAUCAAAUAGUGGCACCAAGGAAGAGAUCAUGGUGAGCUCUGAUUUGGUUUCUGAGGUGGAAGAUUCAAACAAUGGCAGUGAGGAAGCAAUCUUGGCGAACUGCACAACAGUUUCUGCAAGUGAAGGAAAUCAUAAUGGCAGUAAAGAGGCGACCUUGGCAAGCCCUGAUCUGGUUUCUGGAGAUGCAGUCUUGGCAAAUGCUGCCUUGGUUUCUUCAGCCAACGAAUCAAACGGUGGCACUGAGGAAGGAGAGUUGGUGACCUCUGAUUUGGUUUAGGCAGCUGAAGAAUCAAACAAUGGCGGUGAGGAAGAAAUCUUGGAAAAUUCUGCUCUUGUUUCUGGAGACGAAGAAAAGAACAAUGAAGCAACCUUGGCAAGCCAUGAUCUGGUUUCUGGGUCUGAAGAAUCAACAAAAAUCAGCAUGGAUGAAAAGUUAUUAUAUAAUAGCAAGGUGGAGACUGGAAGCAUAACUUUUGACUUUGAUGCUUCUGCUUCCACAGCAAGAGGUAAAGAGGAAUGUCCUCAUAAUGGUAAUUCUAAACAAAUUGAGACUCCAGACACCUCAAAACUUGAAGAUGCUCCAAGGCUGUCAGUUUCAAGCCAGGUUCGCAAUGGUAUUGGGGAGUCAAGUUUCUCUGCAACAGGUCCUAUAUCAGGUCUAAUAACUUAUUCAGGGCCAAUAGCAUAUUCUGGAAGCCUCUCUCUUAGAUCUGAUAGCAGCACAACAAGCACCCGUUCUUUUGCCUUUCCUAUACUACAGUCUGAGUGGAAUAGCAGUCCAGUAAGGAUGGCAAAAGCUGAUCAGAGACAUUUCCGGAAACAUAAAUGUUGGAGACAGGGCCUUCUUUGCUGUAGAUUCUAAAUGCUCUAUUUUUCUAUCAAUAGAUUGAAGUUAGAAAGUAUAUACAUGAUAAAAUUUCAUUUUUUUUUUCUUAGUUUUAUUCUUACCCUCUUCUAUAUGUUAUAAUAUGAUUUAUCAAGUAAUAUAGGUAUACAUCUUGCUCUUUU